CUGCAAUUAUUGCAUUUGUUAGCUGCUUUCUGUAUAAAUGUUAUAUUUAUCCUUUAUAUUUGUCGCCAUUACAUAAAAUUCCUGGCCCACCUGUUGGUAAUUUAAUUCUUGGAAAUGCCUCUUUAAAAACUAAAGAUUAUGGUAAAACCUUUUCUCACUUAACAAUACAAUAUGGUGGAAUAGUUAAAUAUCAUUUCUUAUUGAAUAAGCCAUAUCUUUUAAUUACCGAUCCAAAACUCGUACAAAUAAUAUUGGAGAUAAUUGGUGAAGGAAGCCUUGUAAUUGCUAAUGAUGAUACUCAUAAACGACAAAAAAAAAUGUUGUCUCCUUCAUUUUCUUUUGGCAAUAUCAAG